CCCACCAAGAAUUUGUUGUUCCAAGUCCUACUCAUAAUUUGUUGGGACUGACAGAGAGAGUUUCAUGAUCAGUUAUCACGAUCCUGUUAUGCGAAGUUUUUUCACUCGAGAUGAGUUGAUUCACGCUUUCUUCUUCUUUGUUCCUCAGAUGAAUCGAGAGAGAGAGGAACAAUGAUACACACAGAGAACACAGAGACAACAACCUCUUCUUCUCCAAACAUGAACACCAACAACAACAAGAGCAUCAUCAUCAAUCAUCUUCCCCUCAAUCUCCUCAGAUCCGAGGUGGUCACACCCGCCCCCACCUUCUCCGAUUCCACCAUCGAUUUCCUCCCUCACUUUGCCGGCUACUCAUGGCUCGCGUAUGGAGCUUCUUCCCUCCUCGUCAUCACCCACUUCCCUUCUCCUCUCUCCCCUCACCAAACCCGCUUUGGACCCAUUUUCCGUCAAGUCUUCGAGCUCUCCGCAGAUCACUCUUCACCCGUCGCUGCUGUCUCCUGGUGCCCCGACACCCCCUCCUCCGGUGACCUCGCUGCCGCUGCCGAAAAUUGCAUCUGGGUUUUCAACCAUGAUUCUGCCACGUCUAAUGGUUCUUUUUGUUGGAGCCAGAAUGCAGUGCUUGUACAACAGACGAAAGUGGGAGCCAUCAGAUGGACAGGAUCAGGGGAUGGAAUUAUAUCUGGUGGAAUGGAGGUAGUCUUCUGGAAAAGAAUUAACAAGUGUUGGGAAAUUGCUUGGAAGUUUAAAGCAGAUCAACCCCAAACUCUUGUUAGUGCAACAUGGUCUAUUGAGGGCCCUUCGGCAACUGCAGCACAUCCUAGUAAAGAACAGAUUGGAGGCUCCUUAAUCAGCGAGGUGAGCAAAUGUGUAUUAGUAUGCCAAAGCAAUGGGCUAUCUGAAUAUUCAAAAGUCAAACUGCAUCAUCCUCUACCUGUUGUAAUGAUUCAAUGGAGACCAUCAAGGGGAAAGCUAAACAGAUAUGGUAGGAAUUCAAUAAAGAAUGUAUUACUCACUUGCUGCUUAGAUGGAACUGCAAGGUUAUGGAGUGAGAUUGAUAAUGGAAAGGUCAGAAGGGCUGGGAAGGACAUCAAUGAUCAGAAGAACACAGGGUGCUCUUUUUGUGCUGUUGCUGUUAUUGAGAUUAAUCAGACCUUAAAUGGAGUUCUUGGUUCAGAUAUAUUUGUGUCAUGGGGGAUGGAAAUCGAGGGAAUAUUUAGAGCAGGUGAAAGAAUCAAACAAGUUUUUUCCAAAGAAGGAUCUGAGCAUGAUGUUAGAAAAUGUGAUUGGUUAGUUGGGUUUGGUCCCGGGAUGUUGCUUAGCUUUUGGGCUGUCCACUGUCUUGAUGAUGUUUCCCCGCUGAGAUUCCCCCGAGUUACAUUGUGGAGGAGAAUUGAACUCCAAAACCAAGACAUAGAAAAUGUUUUUAAGUUUGACUUAUCUAAUUUUAGAAAUGCAUUAGUUUUGCAUAAAGUCAAUACACUGAGAAACUGCUUGUCUGGCCCCCCUAUGAUAUGCUCUCCACUGCAGUUAUUACCUUGUAAUUCCUUAGUUUGGUCAUUUUUCCAUAUUCAAACAUUGCAUGAUACUGUGGAGAACUCCUGUGAUAAUGACGAUACAGAUAACAUCUCCUCUCGUUUGAUUGGUGGAGUUUUAAAUUUAGAUGGACACAGCGGAAAAAUUUUAAAGGUUUCAAUUCACCCUUAUAUAUGCAAAGUUCAAUUUGCUGCUUCUCUGGAUUCUAAUGGACUGCUGCUUUUUUGGUCACUAUCUAACAUUUCAAACAGCAUUUUGGGGUGUCCAACUUUGGUUCCUACUUGGGAACUCCUUGGAAAGCUUGCAACUCAAGACUCAUGCUCCAAGUAUACAAGCUUGACAUGGGCACCUUCAAUAGUUGGUGAUAAACUGGUUUUUUUUAUGGGACAUACCAGGGGGGUUGAUUGCUUCAUAGUCAACAUUAGUCGAACCGAGGAAGAAAACAUAGAAUGUCACUACUUAUGCACCAUUCCUUUCAGUGGCCAUGGUCCUUAUGAGGAUGGCCCAUCUGAUAUCUUUGCAAUACCUCUGACUUCUACUUGCAAUAAAACAUUAUGUAGAAAUAAACUUAUGCUAUUGGCAGUUUGGAUGGGGAAAUUUCAGGCCCUAUCAUGGGAAGUUAACAUGCACUCUUUUGACAUAUCAACAAGCUGUUGUGAAUGCAAUUUUGAUUCUAAUAGCCUUGAUGACUGCAGUGUUUGGGCAUUUCAAAGUACAUUUGCUAAUAAAAGGUAUUGCGUUACUGUAAUUCCAUGUUCAUCUGAGUUUCCAAGUUCUGAUGAUAUGGUUACUAGUUUUGCUGUAGCUGAUUCAGGCACUCUGAGUUGUAAACAACAGGAGUUCGGUUUUGCAAGUGAUCUUUGCAGUAGUUAUCCUACAUAUAUCAUGGCCACUGGCUGCUUUGAUGGUAGCUUAAAACUUUGGAAAAGUAACCCUGGAACCCCGUCGACCCUGCACUUGCCAUGGGAGCUUGUGGGUAUGUUUGUUGCACACGACGGUCCUAUCAAGGGCAUAUGUUUCGCUGAUUGUGGUAAAAAAAUUGCUACAUUCUGCAACAAAAACAAAUCAAAUGCUGUCAAUACCAUCCAUAUAUGGGAUGCUGUAAAUCUGAUCACCACAGGGACUUUUAUUUUGGAAGAUAAACUAACACCUGAAAGUGAUGUUAUUACUCUGAAGUGGUUAGCUUUAGGGACUGGUGACUUAUUGCUUGGAGUUUGUUUGCAAAAUGGAUUGCAUGUAUAUGCUCAGAAGCAUUAUGACGGUCUGAAUUUGUCCAACUCUGUUAGUUUUCCAAAAAUGAAUCUAUGGGUUCGCAUUGCAUUUGCUCACACUGACAUUCCAAUUUAUGAUUUUGUGUGGGGACCCAGAGCUGCAGCAGUGGUAAUCCAUGGAAAUUACUUUAGUAUAUUCAGUCAUUGGUUGUUUUAUAUGGAUAAGAAGCAAAAGAGUAAUUUUCAUCCUUGUCAUUCAGAGCCAAAUGCCUAUAAUUGCAAAGGUGAAAUAUAUGAAGACAUACUUUCUGCAGUUUUUACUGAUGGCGACACUGGUGACUUCAGAGAACUGUCAACAGGAGACAGUCCUGCAGAUUGUGAUUCCAAGCAGUCCAUCAAAAUAAAUAUCAAGGACCAUAACCUAUCCAGUAGCUUGUUUCUGGCCAAGGAACAAUUAAAAUCUGAACCUCUUACCAUGGUUGGUUUAUGGAGCAUCUUAGAAGUAGCUGAGAUAAUUAGUGGGUCUUUGCCUACUUAUCACCCUGAUGUACUACAUACGAAUAUAAGUUCAGGCAAUUGGAAACGUGCUUAUGUAGCUCUGAGGCAUCUUGUUGAAUGUCUGGCUUCUAAUUAUGAUCCUCAAAAGAAACAUAUCUCCAAAAGAAAUGCUCUUCCAAAUAUCAUAUUGUCAUACUAUUUCGAAGGCCGUAUAUUAGAAAGUUCCCAAGAUAAGGGAUUCCAUUGGAGUGGGGAUGUUUCUUCAAUGUCAUCAAUUUCACAGGCUCCAUAUUAUUCAGGUUCCAGUGCUGAAAAUAACAGCAUUCCCACCUCGACAAGAUCUGAGCUAAAUGGCUUUAUUGAAUCUCUUGAGAAAUUUCCCGAUAUACCCCUUUGGAUCAACAUAGAGAAGACACAGAUUCUUGCAAUUAUUGAUCUGCUAAGUGAAGUUUGUAGCUCAGACUCAUCUUCUGCAUAUCAAAGUCUCGAUGAACCUGGGCGGAGGUUUUGGGUUUCCCUCAGGUUUCAGCAACUGCUUUUUCAACGGAAGUUUGCUAGAGCUGCAUCUUUUGAAGAGUUGCUUGUUAACUCAAGGUUGUUUGUGUGGGCUUACCACUCUGAUUGCCUAGAAAAUUUAUUCGGUUCUGUCAUACCUAAUGAACCAUCAUGGCAAGAAAUGCGUGCUUUGGGUAUGGGCUUUUGGUUUGCUAGCAUACCUCAGUUGCGUGCAAGGAUGGAGAAAUUGGCAAGAGCACAGUAUUUGAAGAGCAAAAAUCCUAAGGAUUGUGCCUUGUUGUAUAUUGCAUUGAACAGAAUUCAAGUUUUGGCUGGCCUUUUCAAAAUCAGCAAGGAUGAGAAGGACAAGCCUUUAGUGGGUUUUCUUUCACGCAAUUUUCAGGAAGAGAAAAAUAAAGCUGCUGCUUUAAAAAAUGCUUAUGUCUUACUGGGAAAGCAUCAGCUGGAAUUAGCAAUAGCUUUCUUUUUGCUUGGAGGUGAUCAUUCGUCUGCUAUAAAUGUUUGUGCUAAGAACCUUGGGGAUGAACAGCUUGCACUAGUCAUUUGUCGCCUACUUGAGGGCCAUGGUGGACCACUGGAGCAUCACCUAAUUACAAAGUAUAUACUUCCAUCUGCGAUUGAUAAAGGAGACUACUGGCUUUCAAGCCUUCUGGAGUGGGAAAUGGGUAAUUAUUAUCAAUCUUUCUAUAGAAUGCUAGAGUUUUCUGUGAAUCCUGUGGCUCAAGAGUCUACCAUCAUGUCCAAUUGUGGUCCUUUUCUAGACCCUACUGUUGGUUCUUAUUGCCAAAUGCUAGCAUCAAAGAAUAGCAUGCGGAAUGCUGUAGGGGAGCAGAAUUCUGCCAUCCUUUUAAGAUGGGCAACUUUGAUGACAGUUACUUCCCUAAAAAGAUGCGGUAAUCCUCUUGAGGCAUUGGAGUAUUUCUCAUCUUCACUGAGCAUGCUUGGGACUGCAGAUCAAGAGAAUGAAUUGGGUGAUGGACAUGUUGUGAUAUCCAGUACAUUAAAGCCUUUGCCAAGAAAAUCCUCUAACUGGUUGUCUACUGAUGUAUCUGUGCAUCUGGAGUUUCAUAUUAAAUUGAAUUUGGCACUUUGCUACUUAUCUAAAUUGAUAAGAGAGCAUCCAAGUUGGCCUGACACUGCUUCAGAAUCUGAUGGGGAAGCCUCUUGUUCUGAUGAGUACAUGUUGCAAUAUGAGAAAUCAGUUGAAAGUUUUAAACAAAGGUUAUACAAAGGGCUUGCUGUAUUUGAACAGAGGUUUUUAUUGGCUCCGAGCUGCCUAAUCAGUAUGGUUUUACUCUUACUUUGCCAUCAUGGAUUAUUGUUCAUUGGUCAUGAUAUGACAGAUGGAUGCACUCAAGAAGAAAUGUCUCAAAAGAAGAGUGAUAUAUUUGAUGUUUUCAAUUUAUAUCACUCUCCGUUUAAACCCUUCUUUAAGACUGCCGAAGAAAUCUCCUUUUUGUAUUCAAGAUUGUUUUCUGCCUGCAGUAUGGAAUAUUCUCAACGAAGUUCAACUCCUCUUGAGAAAGAUGAGUCCAAGUUUUUGGAUUCUUCACAUUCUCACUUUGAAGGUCUUCUGGUUUCAUUGUGGUACUUAAGAGCUAGUUUGAGGACCCAAUUGAGUUCUGUUAGCAAAGAUUUUAUUAAAAAGCAUGUUGAUAUCCUUGAUUAUUUUGAGUACUAUUUAUAUUUUUCAUUAGCUUGGCUUCAAAAGAACUCAGAAGCUCUUUUAUUGAUGGUGCAUCCUUUCUUGAUUGAAAAUGCUGAUGGCCAUAAUCCUUAUGAGAUUGAUAUGGUGAAUCUGAAGAAGCUUAUACCGAAAAUUGCACAGUUGUUGGCUCAAAAUUCUUCCGUAACUAAUAUGGAAAACCUCCAAGUUUCCAAAUGUGAAGAAGAUAAACUAGUUGCAGAUGUAAAGCAUUUGGUUCCUGAUGAUGAAAGAUGGAAGAUUUUAGGGACCUGCUUGUGGCAACAUAUGUCUAGAUUCAUGAUAUCUAACUUGAAUUUGGUUCUUGCUAAAAUUGAAGAUGAUAAUUUGUCUGGCACUUUCCACAAAAAACAUGCUUAUAGGGAGUUGGCACUCAUUAAUAUGGAUUAUGAUAGCAUCAGCUUGCCAGAGAAGAUUCAGUUAGUCUCAUUUUGCUUAUGUGAUUUCCUGAUGACAACAGUUACUCACAUUUCUUCUUAUCAUGUUAAACAACUUGUGGAAAUUUUGUGGCAGAAAUUGGAGCAUGAUUCGAAUGUAAUGACCCUUAAAUGGCUAAAACAAACAACAGCAUCAGAAUACAGUCAUGACAGAAACCUGGACAUAUUGGAACUGGUGAACAGGAAAGAUAAAUGUUUAGCUCACCAGUUACUAUGGGAUCACUGUGCUGAUCCCAAAUUAAUAUCUGAUUGCUUUGCACAGGAAAAGCUCGAUUGGUCAAAGGAUUUGGACCAUAAGCCUACUAAAGGAUGGAAUGACCUGUAUAUAAUUAUGACAGGACUACAUAAAACUGAUGAUUCACGUGGUGAUGAAUGUAAACUAAGCACUGGAUCUUCUAAUCAUGAAGUCGGAUCUCCUGUUAAAGGAAUGUUUCUAAGUGAUCAUGCUUCUGCAAGAUCCAACCAGAAAGAUAUUACUAGUAUGAAUAUUGCAGUUUUCCAGAGUCCCAGAGAAAUGUACAAGAGAAAUGGAGAACUUUUGGAGGCAUUGUGUAUAAACUCUACUGAUCUUCAGGAAGCUGCAGCUGCUAGCAACCGGAAGGGUAUAGUAUUCUUUCAUCUGGAAGAUGAGGUUCCUUUAAGUGGUGAAUCAGACCUUUUGUGGACCAAGGCUGAUUGGCCACAAAAUGGAUGGGCAGGUUCAGAAUCCACACCUGCUCCAACAUGCGUUUCUCCUGGUGUUGGCCUUGGGAGCAAGAAAGGGGCACACCUCGGUCUAGGUGGAGCAACUGUUGGUGUGGGUUCUUCAGCUUGGCCAAGUAGAGACCUGACAGGUGGUGGAGCAUUAGGAAUGCUAGGUUAUGCUGGUGUUGGUGCCUCUGGAUUGGGUUGGGAAAUUCAACAAGACUUUGAAGAUUUUGUUGAUCCACCUGCCACUUUGGAGAACACAAGUACGAAGGCUUUCUCUAGUCAUCCAAUGAGGCCUUUCUUCUUAGUUGGUUCAAGCAAUACACACAUUUACUUGUGGGAGUUCAAUAAGGAUAAAGCUGCUGCUACAUAUGGAGUGCUGCCUGCUGCCAAUGUCCCUCCACCUUAUGCUCUUGCGUCAAUUUCAGCUGUACAGUUUGACCACGUUGGACACCGGUUUGCCAGUGCUGCAUCAGACGGGACUGUCUGCACAUGGCAGCUCGAGGUUGGAGGAAGGAGCAAUGUUCGCCCAACAGAAUCAUCCCUCUGCUUUAAUGGUCAUGCAUCGGAUGUCACGUACUUUUCUUCAAGUGGAUCAAUUGUAGCUGUGGCUGGAUAUAGCUCUAAUAAUGUUAAUGUGGUGAUAUGGGAUACUUUAGCUCCACCUGCAACUUCUCGAGCUUCCAUUUUAUGUCAUGAAGGUGGUGCACGCUCCAUUUCUGUGUUUGAUAAUCAUUUCGGAAGUGGUUCUGUUUCCCCUCUUAUCGUGACCGGUGGCAAAGGCGGUGAUGUUGGAGUUCAUGACUUCCGCUAUAUUGCUACUGGAAAAGCUAAAAGGCAUAGGCGUGCUGAUAGCGGUGGGCAAAGCUCCAUCACAUCUUUGAAUUAUGAAAAGGACCAGAAUAUAGAUGGGAUGCUUUGGUAUAUCCCAAAGGCCCACUCAGGAAGUGUCACAAAAAUAGUUGCCAUCCCAGACACCAGCUUGUUUUUGACUGGAAGCACAGAUGGAGAUGUCAAGCUCUGGGAUGCCCAGAGCACAAAGUUGAUACAUCACUGGCCAAAGAUACAUGACAAGCACACCUUUCUGCAGUCAACCUCUCGCGGAUUCGGUGGCAUUGUUCGGGCUGCUGUUACGGACAUACAAGUUGUUCCCCAUGGUUUUCUUACUUGUGGUGGGGAUGGAACGGUAAAGCUUGUGCGGCUGAACAGUCACCUGCAUGGCUAUGGAGGGGAGUUAUGAAAACGCUGGAGAUAUUUUAUUGUUGAGGUUAAACUCUACUAUGCCUCAAAUUCCCUUCCUGACAGUGGUUCUCUAUGAGAGGUGGCUAUCAUUUUCUGGAUUCCUGACUUUGAAAAUUGUCAUAACAAUAAUGCACAUUGCGGAAGCCACCAUCAAUUUUGGACAAGGAUUCUUCAUUGGUAUGCUCAGAUAUUACAAGAGGAAGAGCAUAGCUUCAUCUGGGAUUGGAAGUAGUCCUCAACUUGGCCAAGCAAUUCAUACCAGCACAUGAAUAUCUCAUGCUAGUGAACCUCACCUCUUCUUUGAAGUUUGAACAGAAUGCAUGGUUCAUUUUGAUGCUAGUCAUUCUUUCUGCAUGGUACAGAAUUUUAAUCAGUGGCCGGCAUAGAACUUUGUCAAGAUUUUUGAUAAGAUUUAGUCUCUUUUUUGGGUGUAUAUUACCUAUAUGUUUGAUUGUUCAGGCAUGUCAUUCAUGAAUUUAGACAUACUAGGAAACAGAGGACCGGGCUACAUGUCUAUAGGGUCCCCUGAUAGCUUUGUUUUUGUGUACAUUUGUAGUCAUGCCUCACAUCUUGUAUAUAUUGAGAAAUUGUUUCAUUGAUAAUAUAAGGGCAGUCCUAUUACUACCA